CAGGAGACUUCACUGUGGGGUUUGGAGGCAGACAACAGACACUGUGCAAUCAGAACAGAUUAUUCCAAGUUGCACUUGCGGAAUAAUAACUCCGAUGGAAGAGGUCAUGGAAAUUACCCGGAAACUACUUGAACUUCAUGAUUCCAUCUCUCUUUCCAAGUCGGAAAGAAAACUUAGAAGAAGGGGAGGUCUAAAGCAAUGGCAGAUGGAGAGAUGUCCACACUUAUGUUCAUCAGUGACAAACUCUUUGGAAAGCAAAAAGGCUUUACUGCAUGCAGCUGCGUGGAAAGGUGAUCUGGAACAAGUUAAUACAUUGCUGAACUUCGGAAUCUCUGUUAACUGCCAGGAUAACAGAGGUUGGUCCCUCCUGCAUAGUGCGGCCUGUUGCGGAAACAUUGCUUUACUGAAAUAUCUUCUACAGAAAGGAUCUUCUAUCAAUCUGAAAGACUUCUGCAAUUACACCGCACUCCAUCGAGCAGCCUUGAACGGACACACUCAGAUAACUAGCUACUUACUUGAGAGUGGUGCAUCACCAGAUAUCCUCACAGCUUCUGGAGAAACAGCACUACACUUAGCGGCAGCCAAUGGCCACCUGCUCUGUGUUAAAACACUAAUGAAUUUCAAGGCCUCAGUGAAUUUUGGUGAUAGCAACAAGUGGACCCCAUUACACUGGUGCUCCAUCAAUGAUCACAUGGAUGUACUGGACUACCUAGCAUCCACUGGAGCUUCUCUCGAAGAUAAAAGCAAUACAGGAAUGACACUGCUGCACUUGUCUGUAUUGGCUGGGAACAUACAUGUCAUAAAGUACUUGUUAAAGGAAAAGGUAGAUAUUAAUGCCAAAGACGCAAGAGGACUCACUGCUCUUCAUUUAGCUGCAGAAAGUCAUAACAGUGAGAUUCUUGAAAUCCUGCUAAAGAAAGGUGCCGCAGUGAUUGAAGUGGAUGAAAGUCACCUUAGCGCGCUACAUCGAGCAGCAGGACAAGGCAAUGCUAAGGCAGUAAAGCUACUACUGCAACAUGGGGCUUACAUAAACACUACUGAUUUACUUAACCUAACGCCUUUACACCAUGCAGCCUACAGGGGGCAGAACGAGGCUUCCAUCUGUCUCCUUCAACACGAGGCUGACGUUAACGCUCAAGACUUGCUAGGGAAAACACCGCUGCAUCUUGCAGUAGAGAGGGGCCACCUUGGCGUGGUCAGAAUCCUUAAGGAUUGGGGGGCAGAUCUCUGUCGUAAGUCUAAGUGGAAUGAAUCUGCUGCUGAUCUAGCGGCACGAGCCAAUCAAAAGGAAAUGCUUAACAUUUUAAACAUUGGCGGUAUGAAUCUUUGCUAGGGAGCUUAGCCAGCUGUUAAAAAUCUGCAUUGGAUGUCACUUUAAAACAUUAAAAUAAAUUCAUUAAAAAAUGAAAA